AUGCACGUGUCGCUUUGGCUCUCACUGAGGUACAUCUUCAGACAUGGAAAUGGGAACAUGUUAUCAGCGCAGCAGCAGCAGGAGGGAGGGGCUGCUCAGUUUAACGUGCUGCGCUACAGAGCACUGUACGCCAACACAAACAGGAACAGGAACACUUUCUACCCACAGGCCAUCACUCUGACCAACAGUUACUUCCAGUCACACAGUGUCAGGAACUAUCCCUAUGCAUGUCUACAAAUACCCUCCACGCUGGUCAACAGCUCAGAAGAGUUGCAGCCAUCAUCAGCUUUGAGGUCAGAACUCCACAGAGGAAAGAGACGAUUUAAGAUGCUUUGCUCCAGGUGUGUGCUACCUUUCCUGGCUCUUUACAUGCUGCUGGAGGAGAUAUCUGCAGCUGUAUUGCCCAGCAUCAGGAACAAAAGGGAAGUUAACUGGCUGGACCAAGAGCUUUUCCCCCGUCUGCUUGACCGCUCAGACCAGAGAGACCUCUCUGUGGGGGACGACGGGAAGGUGGGCAGGGAUGUGGACGGUCGCCCAUCUCAUUCUGAGACCUUCGUCGCCCCAACAGAGCAACUUUCUUUCCAACGCCAGAGCCAGUAUCAGUACCAGCGUAAAGCCAAUGAAAAGAGGAGGAAGGUUGCUCCUCUGGACUCCAUUGGUGGAUUUCAAAUGUCCAGUUUCCGAAACAGAAACGAUGAACCUGACAUCCACUGGGAAGAAUUCAGGGAAUAAACAGCAACUACAACAACUGAGCUCAGUGCCACUCCAACACAUGAACUUCUGAUAUAUUCCAUAUUUAUUCAUUAUUUAACUCACUGCCAUACUAACAAGUGAGAUACCUGUCGACCCACUCCCCCUAGUGGUGGAGGACAGAAACAAGACAAACACCCUUGUGUGCAAACAUCUAAUUAAAUGUAAUGAAGUAACUUGUUGUGUCACUCUUUUACGUGCAAUACAAAUGAUUAAAUAUACCACCUUACCUUUAUGUUCCCAAAGACUUUUAUUUUUCAA